UGUGUUUUUUGUCUUACUUUCCAGUUGGCCUGCUGCUGCGGUACUGCUGCUUGUUCCUUGUGCUGCAAAUGCUGCCCCAAGAUAAAACAGUCAACCAGCACCCGCUUCAUGUAUGCGCUUUACUUCAUCCUGGUGACUAUCAUCUGUUGUGUCAUGAUGUCAACGACAGUAGCUAACGAAAUGAAAACGCACAUUCCCUUCUACAAGCAGAUGUGCGAGGGUAUUCAGGCGGGCGAGAUGUGCGAGAAGUUGGUGGGAUACUCUGCGGUGUACAAAGUCUGUUUUGGAAUGGCAUGUUUCUUCUUUUUGUUCUUCUUGUUCACCAUCAAAAUUAACAGCAGCAAAAGCUGUCGAGCCUACAUUCAUAAUGGAUUCUGGCUUAUUAAACUUAUACUUCUGGCAGCAAUGUGCUCAGGAGCCUUCUUCAUUCCUGAUCAGGACACCUUCCUCAAUGCCUGGCGCUACGUAGGAGCAACAGGAGGUUUCCUUUUCAUUGCCAUUCAGCUCAUCCUGCUUGUUGAGUUCGCACACAAAUGGAAUAAAAAUUGGACUGCAGGUGCAAACCACAAGCAGAUGUGGAAUGGUUUGCUUGCCCUAGUCACUCUCAUCUUGUACUCUGUUGCUGCGGCAGCUCUGGUCCUCAUGGCUCUUUUCUACACGCGCUCAGAGGGCUGCAUGUACAACAAGGUCCUGAUCGGCAUUAACGGUGGCCUGUGCCUGUUUGUGUCGCUGGUGGCCAUAUCACCCUGUGUCCAGAAUCGCCAGCCCCAUUCUGGUUUGCUGCAGUCAGGAGUUAUCAGCUGCUAUGUUAUGUACCUCACUUUCUCAGCACUUUCCAGCAAGCCGUCAGAAACUAUCCUGGAUGAAAACAAUCAGAACAUCACAAUCUGUGUACCUGAAUUUAGCCAAGGCCUGCACAGAGAUGAAAACCUCGUUACUGGCCUGGGUACUACCAUUUUGUUUGGCUGCAUUUUAUAUUCUUGUUUGACCUCAACAACACGAGCAAGCUCAGAGGCACUGAGGGGAAUAUAUGCAACACCUGAAACUGAA